UGAAACUCAGGCAGCUGGGAGCAAAGUCCGUCGUCCUAGCGGUAAAAAGGUCACAUCAUGAGUUUUACUAUAAAAAGUCGCUUCCUAGCUGUAGGACAGCAGUGUCUGAAGAUGGCAAGCCGGGCGGCAAGCGGGGGAAAACUGGCGGGGAAGGUGGCGGUGGUCACCGCUUCAACUGACGGAAUAGGCCUGGCGAUAGCGCGGCGUCUUGGCCAGGACGGAGCUAAGGUGGUGAUCAGCAGCCGUAAGGAGAAGAAUGUCCAGCGAGCCCUGCAGGAGCUACAGGGGGAGAACCUGGACGUCACGGGGAUGGUGUGUCACGUGGGGAAGGCAGAGGACAGGACUAACCUCAUCCAGCAUGCAGUGGACAAAUACGGAGGUCUGGACAUCCUGGUUUCUAAUGCUGCAGCCAACCCUGCAUUCGGACCUAUGUUGGACACAACUGAGACUGCUUGGGACAAGAUCUUUGACACAAAUGUGAAAGCAGCAUUUUUCCUGGCCAAGGAAGCGGUGCCUCACAUGGAGAAGAGAGGGGCAGGGUCAGUAGUAUUUGUAUCAUCCAUUGGAGGCUAUGUACCUUUUGAGCUUCUCGGCCCGUACUCGGUGAGUAAGACAGCCCUGCUGGGUCUGGUGAAGGCCAUGGCUCCUCAGUGUGGCCGUCUCAACAUCAGGGUCAACGGCAUCGCACCCGGCAUCAUCCAGACUAGGUUCAGCGAAGCGAUCUGGAAGAAUGAAGGUCCACUGAAGGAGCAACUCUUACAGAUCCCUCUAAGCAGGUUGGGACAGCCUGAGGACUGUGCUGGUCCUGUGUCCUUCCUGUGUUCAGACGACGCUGCCUACAUCACGGGAGAAACCAUCGUCAUGUCAGGGGGGAUGGUAUCCAGGCUCUGAAGGCUUUUCACAGUUAAUAAGAGUAUUAAUUGCAUACAAAUACUAUGAGUAAUUAAAAGUUAUCACUGCCUUAAAAUCAAGGAAGUAAUGUAAAAUAGCCAGUGACUAUAAAUUAAACCAUAGCAAGUAAAUUUUAUGGAUGACAUCCUCCGCAGACUCCAAAUCUAAUGCGAGCUGGAAAAAAAACAAGGUGGGCCA